AUGUAUUACUUUCCUCUCACUCCAAGGUUACAACGGCUUUAUGCAUCAGACGCAACAGCACCCCAUAUGAGAUGGCAUGCUGAACAUGAAUAUGAGGAAGGGGUCAUGCAUCAUCCAUCUGAUUCUCCUGCAUGGAAACACUUCAAUGCAUGUUAUCCAUCAUUUGGAUCAGAGAUAAGGAAUGUGAUGCUUGGAUUGUCUACUGAUGGAUUCCAACCAUUUGGACAAUCUGGCCAACAGUACUCAUCUUGGCCCAUCAUUCUGACACCGUAUAAUCUUCGGGCAUGGCUGUGUAUAAAGUCAGAAUAUAUGUUUCUCACUAUUAUAGUUUCGGGCCCAAAUAAUCCUAAAUUUAAAAUUGAUAUAUUCUUACAACCCUUAAUCGAAGAACUAAAACAAUUAUGGAACAUGGGGGUUGAGACAUAUGAUGUGGAUAAGAAGCAAAAUUUUCUCAUGCGGGUUGCUUUGCUAUGGACCAUUAGUGACUUUCCUGCUUAUGCCAUGCUUUCUGGUUGGAGCACUGCAGGAAGGCUUGCAUGCCCAUAUUGUAUGGAUAACACUGAUGCAUUUACUUUGCCAAGAGGUGGCAAACAAUGUUGGUUUGACAAUCAUCACAAAUUUUUGAACCAUAACCAUCCAUGGCAGAAGAAUAAAUCAUGGUUUAGAAAAAACAAAGUUGUAACUGAACAUGCACCUCUAGUAAGGACUGGAGAGGAAAUUUUGCAUGAGAUAAAGAGUCUUGGAUUAAUGAGAGUGACAGAUCCAGGUUCAGAUGUUGUUAAUGCUGUUAUUAGUAAGACAUGUGGAUGGAGGAAACGCAGCAUAUUCUGGGAUUUACCUUAUUGGAGUUCCUUGCUUAUUAGACACAACCUUGAUGUAAUGCAUAUUGAAAAGAAUUUUUUUGAUAACUUGUUCAAUACCAUUAUGAAUAUAGAGGGUAAAACAAAAGAUAAUGCAAAAGCAAGAGAAGAUAUGAGAGAAAUAUGUCGGCGGCCUGAGUUGGAGGUUAAUGCAGAAACUGACAGGUAUCCAAAAGCAAUAUAUGCAUUGGACAAACCGGCAAAACAAGUUAUUUGUGAAUGGAUGAAGGGACUCAGAUUUCCUGAUGGUUAUGUGUCUAACACGGCUCGAUGUGUCGACAUGAACAAGUACAGAUUAUUUGGAAUGAAAAGUCAUGAUUGUCAUAUUUUCAUGCAAAGGUUGUUGCCUAUUGUUUUUCGUGAAUUAUUACUAAUGAGAGUGUGGGAAGCAAUUACCGAGCUAAGUAUUUUCUUUAAGCAACUAACGAGUACGAUCUUACGGGAGGAAGAUAUGCAAAGGCUUGAAGAGGACAUUCCGAUUAUACUAUGCAAAUUGGAGCGAAUAUUUCCUCCGGGUUUCUUCGACUCGAUGGAACAUCUUCCGGUUCAUCUUGCAUAUGAAGCUCGCAUUGGGGGUCCAGUGCAAUAUUGUUGGAUGUAUCCUUAUGAGCGGUAA